CGGUUUUAUGGUCUUUCCGCGAUGAAACAUCCACACAUACAAUUCUGUGCCUCUCUCUCUAAAACACGUGGAGAGCGCGUCAAUUUCACGUACACAGACCAGCGCCACACGCGCUAGUACACUGCUUUACUUCACACCCUGCUCUUCUUCGUCCUUUCAAAGUCUCUGCUCUUUUUCUAUUUCUGUUUUCCUUCUUUAUUUUUACAAUUUUUAAUUGUUCUUAUAAAAGUCUUUUGCUUCUUCUUGAUGACCCCGUAUUGGGUUUCUGAAAAAUCCAAAUAAGCUAAAAAAAAGAAAAGAAAAAAAUGGCUGUCAAGAAGAGGAUCAGAAUUGGAUUCAUCGCCUUCCUCUUUCUGUGGUUUUCUGCAACUUUCCCACGCUGUUUCUCGGCAGUCAAUCAGUUUCAGACCGUUAAAAAGCCUUCAAACUUCGAAUCUUCAACUGUUUUUCCUGUUCAAGGAAAUGUUUAUCCUCUUGGGUACUACUCUGUAUCCCUCAAGAUAGGCCGUCCACCAAAGCUUUUCGACCUUGAUAUUGACUCUGGCAGUGAUCUCACAUGGGUCCAAUGUGAUGCUCCUUGCACCGGUUGCACCAGGCCCCGAGAGGGACUUUACAAGCCCAACAACAACCUUCUGCACUGCGUAGAUCCUUUUUGUAAUGCCAUCGAGACGCUGGCGAAUCACCCAUGUGAUACCCCAAAUGACCAAUGUGACUAUGAAGUUGAAUAUGCUGAUCAUGGAUCAUCUCUGGGUGUGGUGGUCAAGGAUUACUUUCCCCUUAAAUUCACCAAUGGCUCUCUCCUUGUUCCCCAUUUGGCCUUUGGGUGUGGAUAUGAUCAAAAAUAUGAUGGAGCACAUGCGCCACCUUCUACGGCUGGAGUCCUCGGCCUUGGCAAUGGCAAAGCCAGUAUUGUGACACAACUGAGUAAGCUGGGUCUGAUCCGUAACGUUGCUGGCCACUGUUUGAGUGGGAAAGGAGGAUAUAUAUUCUUUGGGGAUGAAGUUGUUCCUUCCACAGGCAUCACAUGGACACCGAUGUCACGCAAUCCCAAUGAAAAACAUUACUCAUCAGGACCUGCCGAGCUUCACUUUAAUGGAAAGCCGAUCGGCGUAAAUGGACUUGAGAUAGUGUUUGACAGUGGAAGCUCCUAUACUUACUUCAGUUCUAAAGCUUAUGAGGCUGUAGUUAAUCAGCUGAAAAGGGAUUUAAAUGGAAAGCCUCUUAAGGAUGCAACUGAUGAUCGAUCCCUGCCAGUGUGCUGGAAAGGUGCCAAACCUUUCAAAUCUGUUAAUGACGUCAAAAAUUAUUUCAAACCAUUUGCAUUAAGCUUUAAUGCGAAAAAAGCUCAGUUGCAAUUGCCUCCGGAAGCUUAUCUUAUAGUUACGAAACGUGGCAAUGUGUGCUUAGGGGUUUUGAAUGGUGGCGAAGUAGGAUUGGGAAGUCUCAACAUAAUUGGAGACAUUUCCUUGCUAGAUAAAAUGGUGAUUUACGACAACGAGAAACAGCAGAUUGGAUGGGUUCCCGAAAAUUGUGACAGGCUUCCCAAUGUGGAUCGUGAAUUUCUCAAUGGCUUUUGUCAGCCAUUUGCACAAGGAAAUUUGCAUAUGAUGGCAGCAUAUUGUCCUGCAAACAUGCUUCACAAGGAAAGCUCCAAAGAUAGAUACCAAUAAAGGCAAAUACAGCUUUGUGCUAUUAUAUAUGUAGCAAAAAAUACAUUCAAUAGUUAAUAGAAAGUUUGCAAGAACUCUUACAUAAGUUAUGUAAUCUACAGAUGAGAAAUUUAGUCCAGUACAUCUCAUGCACAUAAAAUGAAAUACAAAGCUUUGUUAUAGGAAA